CCGAACAAGUUGUCGGGUCCUGAUUUGGCAGUUAUUACCCGACAUUGCGAACCCUAAUUGCCCAUUUCGAGUUCAUUGAUGACCAAAUUACAGCUGAGAGCUUGAGACUCCCUCUUUGUAAGCUAAUGGAGAGCGACCCUGAAGAGUCGCUGAAGAAAAAGCAAAGAAAGAACCCGUUUUUAGGAGAGAACUCAGCUCGCAAGCCAUUGGAACACUUCACAGUACGUUCGUAUCCUGUUAUGGGAGAAGUGAAUUUUAUGCAAGAGGAUGAUGUACGGUUGGAGACCUCACGAGCAAGAUUUUCAAAUGUGCUUAAGAGGCAUGGAGAAUUGGCAGAGCGGCUAUCUCGGGAUUCAGACAAGAUGAUAUUUGAGCGUCUCCAAAAGGAAUUUGAAGCUGCACGAGCUUCCCAAACCCAAGAGAUUUGUUUAGAUGGUGAACAAUGGAAUGACGGUCUAUUAGCUACAAUAAGAGAACGGGUUCAUAUGGAGGCUGACAGAAAGGCAUUGCCAGUGGACGCAAAUGUCCCUGCAGAUUCUGAUUUGCAGGAGAAAAUUACUUAUAAAGUUGGUAAUAAGGUAAUUUGUUGCUUGGAGGGUGCAAGAAUAGGCAUACAGUAUGAGACAUCUUUUGCAGGAGAACCUUGCGAGCUGUACCACUGUGUGCUCGAGAGCAAGUCAUUUCUUGAAAAGAUGACCGUUCUUGAACACACAAUUCCUUUCUUUCUACCAAUACGAGAAACAGAAAAUGAUCUUCUUUCCUCCAAUGCUAUGAGAUUCAUAGAUCAUAUUGGAGAACUUCUGCAAGCAUACGUAGAUAGACGAGAACAGGUUCGACUUAUUAAGGAAUUGUAUGGAAAUCAGAUUGGAGACCUGUAUCAUAGCCUUCCCUAUCACAUUAUUCAAUUUGCAGUAGAUGAUUCUGAUUGCAAGGUAACAGUGUCUCUUAGGUAUGCCGAUCUCAUCUCUGUACUUCCAAGUAGAGUCAGAGUCCUGGUAUGGCCAACGUCUCAAUUCAAGAAAGAUGGUAUAAACACCCCCUCUCCUGCUCGUCUAUCUUAUGCAGAAGAUGCAUUACGAACCAUGAGCUUACCAGAAGCAUUUGCAGAGAUCGUAUUGAAUCUGCCGCAAGCCCUUCAACAAAUAUUUCAGCAAGGAGGAUUGAGUUAGUGAUUCGCUUCUGAAAUUCGCUGGCUUUUUUGUGUAGCAUAUAUGAUUCACCUGGUCAGUUCAACUUUUUCUCAGAAAGUUGGUUUCAUCUUUGUGUAUAGAAGUAUGAUUAGUUGAUGAGGUUUUUACAUUAUUGGCAGCAUCUGCUUGUUGAGUUUUUUGUUAUAAACACUACAACCCCAAUCUUUUUCUCUGAAGCUUACAUGUUUUCAAUAAUGCUUGAAUUAUGGAGAAGCAAUUUCAUAA